UUCACAUCGUCUGCCCACGCCAGGAUGCAAAGCAGAGAAAUGUUUCCGCCUGGGUGUCAUUUGCUGCUCUCCUGACUGCUGGAUGCUUCUAACUUGGCACCUUAGCCUUGUUUAUCUUCUUUUCAUUAUUAUUAUGAUUUUUUUUCAUCUAGACCCUGAAGGGUGAGCUUUUUUUCUCCCCCUUUCGUCCCUGGUGAUCAUCAUUUUUGUGUGACCGCACAGUAUGAGAGCAAAACGGCUGGGGACUGCCGGAGACACAGACUGAGAUCUUCACCCUACACACACACACACACACACACACACACACACACACACACACACACACACACACACACACACACACACACACACACACACACACACACACAACACUGUGUGUGUUCUUACCGGACUACAUCUUGGACUAGUGUUCCUUUGGCUCCGUGGGCGCAUCAUUUGCCAUCGCGAUGUCCACCAGGAAGGGAUCGUUGACGCAAAAGCAGUCUAAAAACGGGACGUCCAAAUAUGUGUUGGAGCGUUGCGCUUCUAUUCACGAGUAUUAUGAUAUUGCCUUCAAGGUGAUGCUGCUGGGAGACUCAUCCGUGGGAAAGACGUGCAUCUUGCUACGAUUUAAAGACGGGGCAUUUGUGGGAGGCAACUUUAUUGCCACCGUUGGAAUAGACUUUAGGAAUAAAGUGGUAGAUGUCGACAACCUGAAAGUCAAACUCCAGAUCUGGGAUACUGCCGGGCAGGAAAGAUUCCGAAGCGUGACACACGCCUACUAUAGAGAUGCCCAAGCAUUACUUCUGCUUUAUGAUAUCACCAGUAAGCCGUCAUUUGACAACAUCAGGGCUUGGCUAAAUGAAAUACAUGAGUAUGCCCAGAAGGAUGUGGUCAUCAUGUUGCUCGGCAACAAGUCGGACAUGGCAGCAGAGAGGGUGGUGAAGAUGGAGGAUGGGGAGAAACUGGCAAAGGAGUAUGGCGUGCCAUUUAUGGAGACCAGUGCAAAGACCGGUGUCAAUGUGGAGCUGGCCUUUCUCGCUAUUGCAAAGGAGCUGAAACACAGAACCACUGACCAGCCAAACGAGCCCAUGUUCCAGAUACACGACUACAUCGAAUCUCAGAAGCACAAGACAGCUUGUUGCAGCCUUGUGUAGCUAAAGACGACAUUGUGCCGGGAGACAGAUACAUGCACACAUAGACACAGACAUACACACACACACACACACACGCACACACUCUCACACAAAAAGGGAUCAGGAGAGGGGGGGGGGAUAAGUAAAGCCAAUCCCGGCACUAAUCCUAAGAAGUGAGCGUCCUCCUCUUCUCCACUCAACUGAAUGACAGUGAAUCCGAUUGCCAUCCCUUAUCGAAAAUGUGAAUAUCACUCUGUAGAAAUGUGCUGUGGUCUUUGUGGUGACAGUUGUGCUCAAACGAAAAAAGCCAGGAUUUACAAAAUGAAAAGCUAUAUCCGUCUGCAGGGACAAUAAGGAGUACACUUGCAGUGCACUUGGUAAAGUUUUAUAUGAAUAAUCAAUAUGACUGUUGAUAGGGAAUAUAAUAACUUUUGUUUUCAUGUCACUUUGCAGAGGCUGUGAAGUAAAUCCCUUUUGGCCUUACAGUCUUCAGCUUCACUAAGUGUGUAACCACAGCGUCACAGUCAGACUGUAGCUACAUGUGUAAUGCUGUUUGAAUAAAAUCAAUGUUGGAGGGCGCCUGCCCAUUGUGUGUGUGUCUGUGGGUCCGCUUCAGGGCCGAGCCAGAACUUAAUUCAAGUGAUUUGCUGCAGGAUCUUUCUACUGUUGCACCAUAGAUUAUUUCCUGCACUGCUUAGCGAUUCCGCAAAACAACAUGUACAUUCUUAUUUCACAAACACUCUGAAAUGUAACCGUGUCUCUUUUUAACUCUCUCUUUUUUUUAAGGAUGUUGUUGCGGAGACUGUACAGAAGCUGUAUUUGGUCCAUGCACUCUACUGUCUUGAUUUGUACAAUGUUCACUUUCAAUGUUCGCUUGUCACAUUUGUCCCUGCUCUGAGGUGUCACAUUGAUCACAAAGUGCCAUGAAAAAGUGCUUUGUUAUCAUAUUAUAUAUAUAUAAAGUAUAUUUUGUAACGUA